GGACACUUCUCCAUUUCUUACCCACUCUCGUCGGCCUUUGCCCCCUUUCUUAGCUUUCUCCCUCUGUCUCCCACACCUCCUCCGUUCCCGCAGUGAAUGUCAUCAAACGAGGAAGACUAUGGCCCCGAUCCGUAUCGCGUUAAGAAACGCCGCGUACAGCGAGCCUGUGAUCUAUGUCGAAGGAGGAAAAGUCGCUGCGCUGAACCUUCUGGUGGACUCAGGCGACGGCUCACAGCAGCCAGGGUCCCGGUGCUCGACAUGUCAGGACGCGAACUCGGAGUGUACUUACUUGGAGGGUGCAGUGAAACGUGCUCCACCUAAGAAUAGCAGCUACGUCGAGUCUCUGGAAGCGCGACUCGAUCGCUCGGAGGCAUUGGUCAGACAGCUUCGUGCCGAGCUCGCUGCGGCGCAGUUUGCCAUUUCCGCACCAUUGCCCUCCGCAGCAUCGGAAACAUCAAACGGUUCAGAGAAGGCAUGUGGACCCGCCUGCAAGCCAUCUCAAGCCGAGCCUCUGCUUCACAUCGAGAUUGCGAAAAGAGUCGGUCUGUAUUUUGUGUUCCUUUCUUGCGUCGCUCACGAUUCUGCGAAGCUGGAACAUCUGACUUUCACUGAAAAACCCGAGAAACACUUCAUGGGCAAGUCGUCCGGGGUUGAGCUCAUGAAGGUGACGAUGGAUAUGCGCGACGAAGUGACGAAGGCUUCUCUGCGUCAGCAAAUCUCGAAUGCCAAUUCGGCCGCAUCUUCGCCCGAUCUUGCAGACAGCCCGGAGGCAGUGUGGGAAGACCCGUGCCCGGAUAGUCUUUUGGGAUGGAGCCACAAGCGCUGGGAGUUUUGGAACUUCAAGCCGUGGGAGAAAUCCAUUCCAACCCUGCGCCCCUAUGUCUUUCCAGAACAAGGGUUCAUUUUCGAACUGGUGGAUUUGUAUUUCCAACACAUGAAUAUUUACUAUCCGGUAUUCCAUCGGCCGACGCUCGAGAGGCAUCUGCUAGCCGGACUACAUCACAGGCAAGCGCCAGACACUGGGUUCGGUGCCGUUGUUCUCCUUCUUUGCUCUGUCGCUUCCCGCUGGUCCCACGAUCCGAGGGUCGGGGGCCCGACCGAACCAGGAGCUCGCAAUUUGAAUUGCGGCUGGCAGUGGUUCGAUCAGGUUCCCUUCGUUGGAGGGCAUCUGUUCAACCAGGGCACGCUGUACGAUCUUCAAUACUACGUGCUUGCGGUCCAAUUCCUAGAACAUGCGUGCGCGCCUCAGGCUUGUUGGACCCUGAUUGGGAUCGGUUUGCGAUUGGCCCAGGACAUGGGAGCUCAUCGACGCAUGAGUUCUGACGAGGAUCUGACCGUCGAGCGCGAGCUGACCAAAAGAGCCUUCUGGUAUCUCUUGGUCAUGGACCGCAGUGUCAGUGCCGCCAUGGGCCGGUCAUGCGCUCUGCAGUAUGAUGAGUUUGACGUCGACCCUCCAAUCGAAUGUGACGACGAGUAUUGGGAAAAUCCUGAACGGCCAUUCCAGCAGCCGCCGGGAUUUCCUUCACGUGUAUCCUUCUUCAACACUGUGAUUGGUUUGAACCAUCUCCUGGCUUUCAGUCUUAAAAUCUUGUAUCCGCUGUAUAAAACGCGCACCGCGUUCAAUAUGAACGGGGCUUUGUUCGAGGAAAGUGUCGUGGCUGAACUGGACUCUGCACUUAAUCAAUGGUUGGACAAUGUUCCUGAGCAUCUUCGUUGGGACCCCAUGCGUGUCGAUCCAGUGUUCUUCGAUCAAUCCGUUGCGCUGCAGUGUGAAUAUCAUCAUCUUCAGAUCUUCAUUCAUCGGCCGUUCAUCCCCAUGUUGCGCAAGACACUGCCGUUGGCUCUGCCAUCACUAACGAUCUGCACCAACGCCGCACGAGCUUGCGCUAAUCUAUGUCACGCGCAGCGACAACGAAAAGGAGAUGUCCCGGUGGUUAUCAACUUGUCGCCGAUUUUCGUUGCGGGUAUGGUUCUGCUGUUGAAUGUCUGGAGUGGGAAAUUGUCCGACUCGUCGCGCGAACUUGGGAACGUAUAUAAGUGCAUGGAGGCUGCCCGAGUAGCGGAGGGUCGAUGGCGAGGUCCAGGUUUGAUGUGGGACAUCUUUGCGGAACUUGCGACACUGCCACAGUUCGCUAAUCGACCUCCGGCAUCGCCUGAUCACGCACCGAGGAGACAAUCUCGUCCCCAUCCGAAUCCACCUGCGUCUGUCUACCCCGAAUCUGUCUCUGCCUCCUUCACACCAUCAAGUUCAGUUUCACCACCCAACAGCCAAUGGGCGGGUUUCGACGGAUCUUCACCUUACGUGCAAGCGAAUGAGGGCUUCGGGAUCGGCCCCGAGUCCGAGUUUCCUCCUUUUUUGGACGACGGGACGAUUGCGAUGUGGAACAACGCUCCAACGACUUGGGAGCUGGGGGAUUGGGGGUCGUAUCUGAACAACUUUAACAACACGGAGAUUAGACCGGCGAGUCAUCCACCAUACGGAGCUAUAUAAACGUUACUCAGCCGCGUAAGAUUGGUGGAAUAAUAAUCUGUAGAUCUCGACUUUUCAAAUCUUUUGCGUUGCAUACAUGUCGUUGAAAUUGACGAAUUGAAACUGAUUACUGCACUAUCAACAAGCCGGCACUCCAGUGAACCCGGAUCCGCACGCAUUCGUG